AGCAGCCAUUUAAAAAACUACAGAUUUCCAUUCAAGAUGUUAAGUGCUGGUCCUGGGGCUGCUGUCGUCAUGGUAACAGGCAAUGUAACUAUGUCGCAUACAUGUAGCCCCUAUAAAGAGAGUUCAACCUGCUGCCGUGUGUGUGUGUGUGUGUGAGAGAGAGCAGCGUGCCUGUAAAGCCUCAGGCUGCUUCCUCAUGACAUCACAUGGUUGCAGAAUGACUUCUCCAACAGUUCAUCGGAGCGAGGGCGAGACUUCCUGAACAGAGAGCGCGGUCACCGCUCUGUUGAUACUUGGAGCGGAAAAAAAAGGCUUCAUUCAGUGUGUCGAGCCCAUCAGUCGUGAGAAAGGCGCUUGCACUUAGUUUUGAAUGGAGUCCUAAGCCACAAGGUUAUCAGCCAUCUCAUCAUCUGAUGCUGCUUCCUGUCUGUGUCGUCAUGGCGACUGUGAGUGCCUCAGAGCGCAGUGAGGAGGCCUGAUGUCGUCUGAUUUCUCCCCUGACUGCCGCUGAAGUUCAUGCGACGGACCGUGCUGCCUGAGAAAGAGUCCCAGACAUGGAGGAGCAGGGCCGGGUGAACGGCCUCCGACUGAGCGCGGAGCAGAGGGGCUCGGACUGGGGACGGAUCACCCUGUUGGACAAGACCAAGGAGUUCUUCAGGACCUGCGACGUGGAGGGCAAAGGCUUCAUCACCCGCACAGAUAUGAGGAGGCUCCACAGAGAGCUGCCUCUGUCUGCAGAGGAGCUGGAGGACGUGUUUGACUCUCUGGAUACGGCCGGCAGCGGUUACCUCACACUGGAGGCAUUCUCCUCUGGAUUCAGUCAGUUCCUGCAUGGCCGGAGGAUCUCCGUGGCUGACGACCAGAACCAGGCUCCCGGUCCGGUGUUUAGGGCUAAGGAGGCUCUUUAUCAGAGCCAAUGGGAGGCCAAGCUGUCAGGAGUUGAUGAGGAGGAGGAGAGGCACUUCUGCAUGCUGCUGGAUAGCCUGGGGGCCAGCAACGUGUUCGAGGAGGCAGAUGAGGUGCGCAGUCUCUGGGCUCAGCUCCGGCGAGACGAGCCUCACCUCCUGUCCAAUUUUGAGGAGUUCCUGGCCAGGGUCACCUACCAGAUCAAGGAGGCCCACCAGGAGAAGAAGGAGAUGGAGAGCGCCCUCCAGAGGAAAGCUGCGACGCACGACAGCGAGAUCCGUCACUUGUACGAAGAGAUGGAGGCGCAGAUCAACAACGAGAAGGACAGGCUGCUGCUGAAGGACUCUGAGCGUCUUCAGCUGCGCAGUCACGACUUGCAGCACCAACUGUCUUCCAAGGAGAAAGAGCUGGAACAUCUUUUCCAGAAGCAGAAAAGAUUAGAGUUCCAGUGCCGCGAGCUGAACAGCGAGAAGCAGGAGAGCUACGUGGAGAACGUCAAGCUGAAGAUGACCAACGACGAGUUGUCCCGGGCGCUGGAGAACACCAGCCAGGAGCUGUCGCUGGCCCAGGACCAGCUGGCAAUGCUGCAGGACCAGGCGGCCCGGCUGCAGCAGGAGAAAGAGAUGGAGAUGUACAGAGUGACUGAGGGCCUGCAGAGAGAGAAACAGAGUCUCAUGAAGCAGCUCGAUCUCCUCAGAGAGAUGAACAAACAUUUAAAGGACGAGCGCGACAUAUGCGCCGGCAUACCGCGGACGUCGCUCAGGAAGAAGCAGAAGCAGAGAGCGGGCCUCGCCAACUUAUUCGAUGACACCAGCCAGCCGGCGAAAAGAGCCCCACUGUUGGUGGACGGGUCCUACCAGUCUUUGGAGGCUUUGCCUAUAGAGCACCUUCAAAUCGUGUUUGUUGCUUCCUCCUCCUGCAGUGAGGAUGACAUCCCACCCGCCCCGUCCUCCUCAGCCACCACCGCAAGCGCGCCCGCAUGUCAGCAGCGCCCUGCGGCAAAGAAAAACUUGGCAAAUGGUUACGCAAGUCCUGCUCCACCCAGAGUGUACGAUGUGAGAGCAAAGGCUAAAAGAUCGCCCAGCAAGACGUCUGCUGCGAAGAGGGUGACGGGGAAAGACAGAGUAAGGGCAAAGAAAGCGGAAAUGGAGAAGAAGGCGGGGGUCGAAGACGAGGUCCUGGACGCCCCUCCGGACGGGUGGCCCCUCCGUCGAGUCAUCUCCAUCGAGGAGGACCACCUGCCCCACCUGCUCCAAGGAGGGCCGCAACUUCUGCUGCAUCAGCUCAGCGAGGAGGACGAUGAGGCGGAGGAAGAGGAGGAAGAGGAAGUUCAGAGUGACAGUGAAACGAGUGUUGGCAUGGCUGCCACACCGCCCUCUGGUCGGGCUGUUGUCCCCGUGUUGGGAGAAACUUCUGUGGCGAGGAAAUCCCGCUUCAGGAUGUCUCCGAGAAGGCAGCCUGUCGGGAAGGAGACCCAGCACAAGCCAAACGAGGGCUCACUGUUUGCCCCGGACCGUCUGUUCAAAGUCGUCCUGGUCGGCAACUCGAGCGUAGGCAAGACGUCCCUGCUCCGCUCCUUCUGCGAGGGCCGCUUCCACCCCUCCACAAUCGCUACUGUGGGUAUUGAUUACAGUGUGAAGACGCUCACCCUGGACAACAUGCAGGUCGCAAUGCAGCUCUGGGACACGGCAGGUCAGGAGAGGUUCCGCAGCAUAACCAAGCAGUUCUUUCGUAAGGCAGACGGCGUGGUGCUGAUGUACGACGUCACCGUGGAGGAGAGCUUCAGGGCUGUGAAACCCUGGCUCACCAACGUCCAGGAAGCAGCAGGAGAGGGGAUCCCCAUCCUCCUCUUGGGCAACAAAAUGGACAUGGAUGAAGAACGACAGGUGUCAUUCAAAGAGGCUGAGCAGCUGGCUUAUGAAAACAAGGUGAUGUUCUCUGAGGUCAGUGCCUACACUGCCAAAAAUGUGACCGAGUCCCUGACACACCUGGCCAGGGUGCUGAUGGAGCAGGAAGACACAGUGAGAGAUGCAACAGUCAUUCUCAGCGCUCAGCCUGUGAGGAGGAAAGCCUGCUGCAAGUGAAGUGUAAACUCAAUUUACUGAGUUCUUCCUGGACGCUGGAUUUGUAUUUCUAAGAGAACACUGAAAUCAUGAUCGUGGAACCUGCGUGUCUUUGUUUGGGCCCAGAAACACACGAAAAAGGCAACAUGGACGUGAAAGCUACUGUCAAGCUUACAUGAUGAGUCCUGAAGGAAAAAUAAGCUGCAUCAUUUACUGUAAAUAAUGUUACCUGUAAUGUUACAGUAGCUUUAAAAUAGAAACUGUAGUCUAAUUACUUUCACUCAAGAUAAAAAAUCAGACAUAUACUGUAGCUUUUUCAUGACUGAAUGUCAGCUUUCACAUCUUAGUUUCUCUGUGUUUAUGUUAAUGUAGUGAUAUUUUAUGUUAAGUCUGUAACUGAACUAUUUAAAUAGCUGUGUGAAUGAAAGUCAGGUGAGAGAAUAAUUAGACUUGAUUCUUUGACAUUUUUAUUCAUCGUCGUGUUCAUCUUUUUACUUCUUCUUCGUUCGUCUGAUCUCCAGAACAAAGUGGUACACGUCAUAUUGCAUCUGUGUUUGUGACUUCUCUGAGGCAUUGCUCUGUUUUUACUCUGGCACCAAAGUACAGUUGCUCUGAAUUAUCUCCGAUUAAAAGAAAUAAAUUAAUUACAGCUCACAUCUCUCUGAAAUCAAUGAAGCAACAAACUCUUACAUGCAAAUGAUAAAUAAGGAAAUAAAACACAAUUGAUUACUGUACCCUCUAUACACAGUGCAUAAUAAAUCUGGACAAAUGAGUAAAAGGCAAAACAGAUAAUGACUGUGCUGUAACCCUCCCGACAUCAGCCAGAUCAAUACUUUUCAAUUAGCUGCACCAACAAUAUAAAGACUCGUAAAUGCUUUUCAUUUUAUACUCAACACAACAAUACUUCCAGAGAACAGUGAGAGAAAAAAAAA